GCACACACCACACACAAACACACACAGACACAGAGACACGUUCAGUGCGGUCCCCGCCCGAGGCUCGUGGGCAUCUCUAGAGGCGGUUGCGGGCCGCGGCGCAGGGGGGCGCUCUCCCAGCCCGGCGGGCGCGGAAGGGGGCGUGUCCGGCAGGGGGCGUGCCCUCCUCCAGGCCCCGCCCCUCCGGCGUACGGAAGCGCGCGGGGGUCAUGAAUAAUGCAGCGCUCGUCGGGCGCGGCCCCGCCCCAUUGGGCCGGGACGAGCCGAGCCGAGCGGGGAUGAGCGGGCGGGGAGCCGGGGCGGCGGCCGGGGCCGGAGAUGCCAACGUGCCCCCCGGGGAGGAGCACAAGCUGGUGGUGGUCGGGGGCGGCGGCGUGGGCAAGAGCGCCCUGACCAUCCAGUUCAUCCAGUCCUACUUCGUGUCCGACUACGACCCCACCAUCGAGGACUCCUACACCAAGAUCUGCCCGGUGGACGGCCGCCUGGCCCGGCUCGACAUCCUGGACACGGCGGGUCAGGAGGAGUUCGGGGCCAUGCGGGAGCAGUACAUGCGGGCGGGACACGGCUUCCUCCUCGUCUUCGCCGUCAACGACCGCCCGAGCUUUAACGAGAUCAGCAAGCUGCACACCCAGAUCCUGCGCGUCAAGGACCGAGACGACUUCCCCAUGGUGCUGGUGGGGAACAAGGCCGACCUGGAGGAGACCAGGCAGGUGCCCCGGGACGCGGCGCUGGCCUUCGCCCGUUCCCACCGGCUGCCCUACCUCGAGGCCUCGGCCAAGCUCCGCCUCAACGUGGACGAGGCCUUCCACCAGCUGGUCCGCGCCGUCCGGAAGUUCCAGGAGCAGGAGUCGCCGCCCACCCCUCCGGCGCCAUCCGGGAAGAAGAAGACGACGGCGGCGGCGGGGGGGCGGGGGCUGCCCCUGCCUCCUCCUCUAGCCCCCCUUCCCCACCCCCUCGCCAACGCCUCAAGUGCCUCAGUGGACCCCGGCCUCCCCCCAGAAACACUACAUCCUCUCCCCCCACCCCUCCCCCGAGCCUGGGAACAGGGGGCCGAGACCCUCCCUCUGCCCCAGCCCGGGGGCAGGGGAGAGGGGCCGGCCCCCUCCGCUCCUCACAGCUCCAACCUCCAAAUAAAGCCACCCACACCUGCCACUCUCACAGCUGUAUAGCUCUCCUCCAACCUCCAAAUAAAGUCGCCCACACCUGCCACUA